AGUCCCCAGCCGGCCCUGGAUGUGACAGGAGGCAGCUGCCAGCCACCAACUCCAAAGCUUCCUAGCUCGCUGGUGAGCCCUCCGGCUCCCAGGCCCAGGGGGGCCACCAUGGCCUACCGCUCCUGCGUCGUUGGCUUCAGUAGCCACAGUGGCUGUGAGGUGACCCCUGCGGGUAGUUCCCAGCCUGGGACCUCAGGAUGGGGCAGCUGUGGGCUCCCUGGGCCUGGCUUCAGCUCUCGAAGCCUCACAAGCUGUAGGCCAGCUGGUGUCAUCCCCAAGGUGACUGUGAACCCCAGCCUGCUGGUGCCUCUGGACCUCAAGGUGGAUCCAGCUGUUCAGCAGCAGAAGAACCAAGAGAAGGAGGAGAUGAAGGUUCUCAAUGAUAAAUUUGCCUCCCUCAUUGGCAAGGUACAAGCUCUGGAGCAGCGCAACCAACUGCUGGAGACCCGGUGGGGCUUCCUGCAGGGCCAGGGAUCAGCCACCUUCGACCUCAGCCACCACUACGAGACAUUCCAGGGCCGGCUGCAAGAGGAACUCCGCAAAGUGAGCCAGGAGCGGGGACAACUGGAGGCCAGCCUGCUGCAGGUGCUAGAGAAGGUGGAGGAGUUCCGCGUCAGGUACGAGGAUGAGAUCUCCAAGCGCACAGACCUGGAAUUUACCUUUGUCCAGCUGAAGAAGGACCUGGAUGCUGAGUGUCUCCGACGAACUGAACUGGAAACCAAACUCAAGGGCCUGCAGGGUUUCGUAGAGCUGAUGAGGACAGUCUAUGAGCAGGAGCUGAAAGACCUUACAGCCCAAGUGAAGGACGUGUCGGUCACCGUGGGCCUGGACAGCCGCUGCCACAUCGACCUGAGCGGCAUCGUGGAGGAAGUGAAGGCCCAGUACGAUGCCAUCGCUGCUCGAAGCCUGGAGGAGGCUGAAGCCUAUUCACGGAGCCAACUUGAGGAGCGAGCUGCCCGCUCAGCGGAGUUCGGGAACAGCCUCCAGAGCAGCCGCUGUGAGAUUGCAGACCUCAACGUGCGCAUCCAGAAGCUGCGGUCACAGAUCGUCUCAGUCAAGAGCCAUUGCCUGAAACUGGAGGAGAACAUCAAGGUGGCCGAGGAACAAGGAGAGCUGGCCUUCCAGGACGCCAAGGACAAGAUGGCCCAGCUGGAGGCUGCCCUGCAGAAGGCCAAACAGGACAUGGCCCGGCAGCUGCGCGAGUACCAGGAUCUCAUGAACACCAAGCUGGCUCUGGACAUAGAGAUCGCCACCUACCACAAGCUGAUGGAAGGAGAAGAAAGCCGGAUGGACCUGCCUUCCACCACUGUGGUCAGUGCUGUGCAAUCCCGAUGCAGAACCACUGCUUCCAAGUCUGGCCUCUCCAAGACCCCCUCCCGGAAGAAGAAGAACCGCGGAGGCCCAGUGAUCAAAAUCACUGAAAUGUCAGAGAAAUACCUCUCCCAGGAGUCGGAGGCCUCCGAGUAAGACAGCCACCCCAGGAAGAGCCUCAAGUCACUUCCACUGCAGCCGACUUAAGCUAAACUCAAGAGCGGAGCCUGGAGCCUUGAGGGAGGAGGAGAGAUAUGGAACUGGGAGAAGUGGGUUCCAGCUGAGACCCGGUUUCUCUGGACAGUCAGCGAAGGCAGGGAGAGCUGACAGCUCCAUUCUUCACUGGUGUCUCACUUGCCAUCUCCAGCCUCCUGGCCACAGCUUGUCCUGGCAGGCAAAGGGGAGCUUGGGACCUGCCGCCUCUCCACUCCUCUGAAGCUCCUCUUCCCAUAGAGCUCUGACAAGGUGCUUGACUUUUGCCCACUGCUUGCCCUGACUUCUGCCUCAGCCUUGCCUUGCCUCUGCCUCAAAACCGAGGCUGGCAUCCUCACCAACUAGCCAGGACACAGUCGGGGCUGAAGGGUAUACUCGGAUUUUGUCCCAUAUACGGUGUGCCUGGGCCUGGGGGCUGAAGACCCCUAGAUCCCCUGCCUUCAGGCUUCCCAGACACCUGACAGUAUUGGGGGAUGAAGGAAGGAAAAGCCUGAUGUGUUAGACAAAAGCCUGAGCCGCAGAAUGGCCCCAAUGCACCCUCUUCUAGGGACUAAGAUGUCAUAACUGACCUCAAAGCUAUUCCAACCAAGGCUAACACCCUAGGAGCAGAAUCCAGAGAUAAGAGCCUAACACCAGGCCUAGCCUUCCCCUCCCUGCCAUUCUGGGUUGUGCCACCAUCCCAAAAUCUGGGCUCUCCUUCCAGCCCAGGUCUCUCCAACCUCAACACGUGUCUUUGGAACAGCAUGCACUAGAGCCCCAGAGCCCUCCCUGCCAGAAAUGCCCACUUGCCCCAAAUCUCACUCCCUGGGUCCUCUGUUCUAUCCCCUAAGACAUCCCACUCAGUGGAUCAGUUCUCCCCCUUCUGUCUCUCCCUUCCUCCAAGUUUACUCCCCCUGCCUCUGGUAGGUCAUAAAGAAGGCUAAGCCUGGGAAGAUCUGGAAGUUUCUUAGACGUAAAUUUGGUCCGGGAAGCAUCAACAAAGGCCUUCAAGCACUGCAUCCACCAAGGGUGUCUGUGUGUUCCCGCCCUGGCUCUCACCUCUGCGGUUUGCGGAGCACAGCAGUGGCAGCCUCCCCAUGCCACCAGCCUCGUUCUCGACUCCCUUUAUCCCCGAGACCCAUGUCCUGGCUCCUGCCUCACCUCCUCUCCUAGCCUGUCUCCCACCCCUGCAUCUCAUUCUCUCAGACCAGGUAUCCUCAAGGCCGCUGGCCCGCCAGGCCUGCAGGGAGUGCCCGUAGGCUACCUACUCUCCCAGGACAAAGGAACCCAGCAAUAUACUUAACCUAGAGUUCCCGAAGCAGGUGCUCAUUGCUGCUCUCUCUCGGGCUAUUUAUCUGUUUCCAAGGGACAUGAAAUAUAGAACGUAUAUAUUAUUUUUUCAUAACUUAUGUGGCUUUUAACUUAUUGCUUCCCUCCCUGUUUCUGCAUGAUAAUUGCUGAGCGAGCUAUCAGGAUCUUAGAGAAGUCAUUCCAGCUGCCUACUUGGCUGAUGACUCGGGCAAGGGGUGAAUAAAACACUGAGAUUCAUCCACGG